AUGGGCAAUCUACUCGCAACCAACAUGGAUACCACAAUGUGCUCUGAAAGCAACCCAAGGAUGCCUCUGUUUUUUAUUGGUUUAUUGAUCACAUUGACGAAAACCAAAUCAAUCAUUGAACACUCAACCCAAUAAAUAAUCAAGGCAAGGAACGACUUCGAGCAUGCUUUUAUCCGCAAGAAACACAAUAUUUUAACAGACAAUUUGUUCCAUAACCAAAUAAUGAGAAUGUAAGAAAAACAUUGUACACGUAUAAUUUCCAUUGGACUCUGCUCUUGGCGUUCCUUCAUCCAGAACAUUGCUCCAUCAAGCUCAAGAAGAAGUGGAAAUGGAUGGUCUCAUUCUCAGGAGUCUGCUCUUGUCCUCCGCAUUACUGGUUGUAUACACUGCUCUGAGAGCUGUUUACACCAUUUGGUGGAGACCCAAAAGCCUGGAGAAGCGUUUGAGACAGCAGGGGAUAAGAGGUACAUCUUACAAGUUUUUUUAUGGUGACAAGAAAGACUUCCUGAGAUUAAACAAGGAAGCGUUGUCCAAGCCCAUUGGCCUAAAUCACCAGAUUGCAUCAAGGGUGCUCCCAUUCUCUCAUCAUAUGGUUCAAACAUAUGGAAAAUUUUGUGUGAAGUGGAUUGGAACAAGAGCUAGACUAAUUAUGGCGGACCCGGAGCUCAUCAGACUGGCAUUGACAGAGAAGGACGGCCGUGUCCAAAAACCACCUCAAAACCCUCUUAUUAAUCUUCUCACGCUGGGCGUCUCGAGCAUGGAAGGGGAGAAAUGGGCAAAACGCAGGAGAUUGAUUACCCCUGCUUUCCACCAUGACAAGCUAAAGGGGAUGGUGCCAGCCUUUUCAACCAGCUGCUCCAACAUGAUCGAUGGGUGGAAGAAACUGACUAGUCCUGAAGGAUCGCGUGAAUUGGAUGUCGCGCCAGAAUUCCAAAAUCUUACAGGAGAUGUCAUCGCUCGAACAGCCUUCGGAAGCAGCUAUGAAGCCGGAAAGAAGGUUUUUGAAUUCCAAAAAGAGCAGGCUGCGCUUGUGAUCGAAGCUUUCCAAGACUUUUAUUUUCCUGGUCUCAGAUUCAUUCCAACAAAGAAAAACAGAAGGAGGUUUUAUCUAGACAAUGAGAUCAAAAUGACAAUAAGGAACAUGAUUCGACAAAAAGAACAGGCAAAGAAAAUGGGAGAAUCAGGCAGCAAUGAUUUACUGGGUUUGCUGUUACAAUGCAAAGAAGAAACAGAUAAUGAGAUGACAAUUGAUGAUAUCAUAGAGGAAUGCAAGUUAUUCUACUUGGCCGGCAAAGAGACUACUGCUAAUUUGCUAACAUGGACAAUCAUUGUCUUAUCGAUGCAUCCGAAUUGGCAAAAGAAGGCAAGAGAAGAGGUUCUGCAGAUUUGGGGGCGGAAAACUCCUGACGUUGAAGGCAUGAACCAUCUCAAGAUUGUCACGAUGAUCAUACACGAAGUCUUGAGGCUAUAUCCACCCGCGGCCGAGCUGUUUCGACAUACUCAUCAAGAAACCAACUUAGGAGGAGUGUCAAUUCCAGCCGGGAUCGACCUAUACUUACCCGUGCUACUUCUUCAUCAUGAUCCAGACUGCUGGGGUGAUGAUGUCGAAGAAUUCAAGCCAGAGAGAUUUUCCGAAGGAGUUUCGAGAGCAUCCAAGGAUCAAAUGGCAUUCUACCCAUUUGGAUGGGGACCCAGAAUCUGUCUUGGCCAAAACUUUUCGAUGAUAGAGGCAAAGAUGGCAUUGGCAAUGGUUUUGCAGCAUUUUUGGUUCGAGCUCUCGCCUUCUUACACUCAUGCACCUUUUACUAUCAUUACUCUUCAGCCACAACAUGGAGCUCCAAUAAUACUACACCAAAUCUAAGGUGUUUAUGUAUAGCAAAAGCGUUAUAAAUUGGCAGGAAAACAUUGUGAUUCUUCUUGUUUGUUCGAUCUCUUCCCUUAUAAUGGAGGAAGUCAUUGUGUUCAUCAAAUUAGUAAUGUCAAAGUAUGUUUGUGGUCA